AUGCGGCAUGACCAAGGGCUGCAGAGCUCCCCGGACACAUGCUUGUCUAAUGCUGGCCGAGCUUGGAGACCUGUGUGUUUGGGACCGACACCCCCAGCCCUGCACCUCUGGUGUCUGCGGCACUUUUGGUCUCUGCUGUUAAGGGCAGGAGAGGAGGCGAUGGAUGGAGAUGAGCUAUGCCGUCCAGCCGGUGCAGAGCAGGCCUGUGACAGGAGCCACAGUGGCACUUGUUUCACCCAUCAGCUCACUGCUGCUCUGGUGCUGCUGGGCCCUCCUUGCGGCUGGAGGGUUGGGCACCAGGGGAGCCCCUCAGUGUUUGCAAAUGGCUGUGGCAAGGAUGGAGGUACCGCUGCAGCUACGGAAACAGCCUCCACAGCUGCUCUGGCUGGCCAGGGCUUCCUUUCCGAGCUCUUCCCGCAGAGCAUCUCAAGACUCAUUUUAAACAAAUGUCUGGUCAUCUCUUUCUGGCCCAAAGAACGCUAUCCCGUCCUGGCGUAUCAUGUUUGUGUGUCGAUGGAAACCGCAGGACAAACAGAAAGCGCGGUGCAGGGAGGCCGGGUCAUCACUGGGCAGCACCGAAUGAACCGUGGUGCAAGCAACAGGAAACCGAGGCUUCUCGAAGAGUUGGCUUUUAGCAUCGACCAGUACAAGAAACUCUGACGACAAAAGCAUUUAAAAUAUGUUUUGCUAAGACCAGAAAGAGUCAUAAGUACUUCUUAUGUGUUAAAUUAACAUUUGGGAAAA